GCUGCAGAGAUAAACACCAGCCUUAAGGAAACUAAGCUUCUUCUCUAUGUUUCAGUCCACUGCUUCUUCAUGGUACUUUUAUUAAAUAUAACAUGAGGAUGAUCAGGAUCAACUGCUCCGUGUCUCUGGUGACUUUCCUGUGGAUGAUGAUUCUUGUCAGAGCAGAUACUGACGUGUCCUGUGUUGUCGAGGAAAGCUGCAUGUUACCGUGUAGUUUCCAGGAAGACCCUGAAGUAGUUAUCAAGUGGACUAAGCUGACAGAAGGACUCCCUCGUGUUCACUCAUUUUCCAAGAAUCAAGACCAGCUUGGAGACCUGGUCCAGAACUUCAGAAACAGGACGUCACUGUUCAAGGAUCAGAUCUCCAGAGGAAACGCCUCACUGCUGCUGACAGGAGUCAAGUCUGAGGACUGGGGACAAUAUCAGUGUUACACCAGGAAAACCAGUGGAAUUCAGAGGUCAAUCAUCAACCUGAAUAUGAAAAAGAAAGAAAAAGAUACUGACGUGACCUGUUAUUUUUUAAUUGGAAACUGCAUGUUACCGUGUAGUUUCCAGGAAGACCCUGAAGUAUUCAUCAAGUGGACUAAGCUGACAGCAGGACUCCCUCGUGUUCAUUCAUUUUCCAACAACCAAGACCAGCUUGAAGACCAGGACCAGAACUUCAGAGGCAGGACGUCACUGUUCAAGGAUCAGAUCUCCAGAGGAGACGCCUCACUGCUGCUGACAGGACUCAAGGUUCAGGACCAGGGAAGAUAUGAGUGUUACACGAGGACAACCAGUGGAGUCAAGACGUCAAUCAUCAACCUGGAAACAGACGGUAUGAAAAACAAAAAAAAUCUAAAUCAGAUUUCAUUCACUCAAUACUAUCAGUUGGAUUUGUUGACAGAGGAACAGAUGAUUUAGAACAUGUUAGAGAUAAAAACAUGUUUUCACUGUUUAUUUUAAAUAUAAUGUAUGUGCUGUGUUGCAACAAUAACUGACAUAUUUGAAAGCACAAAAGUUAAAGUUAGGACCUCAUGAACUAAGACUGUCUGUUUAUUCUAAUAUUUGUAUGAUAAAAACUAUCUGGAGGCAUCCAGAGACAAUUCAAUGACCUGUU